GUAUAAGUAUAGUGUAGAUGUCCUUCCUGAGGCCUUCUUAUGCCUAGUGACUAGCCUAGUGCCUAUAUUAAGCUCUAUCAUAAUAAUCAUAUAUUCAGUUCAUUUUUUGUGCUUGAAUACUUCGGGUUGUGUGUCAUCAGCUUGUGCCAUACCCCGGUACUCACCCGGUAGGCUACUGGCUACUGUAAAGACUAAAAACUAAAGAAAAAUUAUUGUAACAGUAACUGGCUUAGAAAAAUGGGCCAGGCUACAUCUGAUCAGUUCACUCAGGAAGCUGUAUUUUUUGUAUCCACAAAUAACAGUUCAAUUACUUAGACUUAAAUUUAAGGCUUAAAAGGAGUAAUUACUUAAUAUCACUGGCAGCUGAUUUCCAUCUGCCAAACAGCACUUUAAAAACAAAUUAGAUUAGGCUAGGGGCCAUCCAUAAACAAUGUCACAUGUUGAGGGGGGGGGGGGGGUAAGCUCACAACCUUGUAAGUGAUAAGUGUAAGGAUGUAUUAUUAAAGUUUCUAAUUUGUAUUACAAAAUGGAUGGAAAAGGAUGGAGGGGGACAAAAAUAAGGGACAGGGAAAAUAGCAUGGCAUCCUUUCUGAAUGGAUGGGCCAAAUGUUAAGUUGAGGCCAAAAAACUUUUUAAAAACUCUAUAGUUACAAAAGGGACAGAAAUUUAAGGCUAAAGAAGGUAUAUUCUAACUAAUGUUCAAGAAACCUCAUUGAGCAGCAGUAUCACGACUAAUCAUCAUAGCAGGGCUGGAUUAUCCAUUUGGCCAAGUGUUAAAAAAUAUUGGCUGUAUUUUAGCAAGGAAAAUAUUAUAGGGCUAUUGUCAUGUAUGCUGGUAUUUCAAAAUUAAUUCUUAUAGUGAGGAUUUACCAAAAUACGGGCUUUUGCUUUGAGCUGUACAUACAAGGGGCAGCUUACAAUUAAAUACUACACUUUAGCAUGCUAAUUAUUAGUUUUAAACAUUAUUCUGGUGACAAACAUUCUUUAAACUAUCCUUGAUUAAAUAUCAUAGUCAUAUUAACAACUGGAAAAGACUGUUUAACAUUAUGAUGAUGUAUUGCUGCAUUUAAAGUAUGAGAUCUAAAAAGACUUUGCUGUGCUCUCACAUAAUGCUAGUGUAUUCUGCAAGCUUCUCCUUUUAAACAUCUUAUUAUUUCAGUUUUUACCUAUCAACUUUUUCUGCGUUCAUGAAAGUAGGCUUGCAGCCAACACAUACAUUGCAAAUUAUAUUUCAUCUCUUGUAUUAUCAAAUGAUAAAACAUCUCCAAUUUGCGCCCAAACCACCCCUGCCCCUCUUUUUAUGUAUGCCCCAAUAGGAACAUUUUUCGGCCUUUGUUGUUUCACUUUUUUAUUUUUUAUACCAAUAUUUCUAUGAACUUGUUCUGAAUGAAAGGCAGUAUGUAUAACUUGAUAAACUAUAAUGAAUAGCAUUACAAUUUUUUUUUUUUAAAAAGAGCAUAUAAACAUGCUCGUAAGACAUUUAAUUGAAGUAUUUCUAAAGUAAUAUUAAUAGAAGUAGCCGACAUUAUUUAAAAUAUUUUUUAAGAAUGGUGAAAGUAAUUUUUAAUUUAACACCAAAACUAAUAAGGUAACAAAUUUAUUUACUGGUACCAAAAAAUAUUUGUAGCUUUUAGGAGGUUUUCCUAUUUCUGUACAAAAUAUACUAAAUAUACCAUAGCCUUAAUUUCAGAUCCUCAUCUUAGAUAUUUUUGUUCUGCUCAUUUUGUACCCAGCAUGUGUUAGUUUUUUUAUUUUUAAAUUUGUUGGGCACAAAUAAACUAAAGUAUACCAUUUAAACAUCAUGAAAAAUUGGGAUUUAUUUCAAUAAGAUAACAAUUAUUUAUAAAGGCUCCAAUGUGACAACUAAAUUGAUUUCAUCAUAGCAAAAUGAGGCAAAAGAAUAUAACUCUAAAUUAGGAAAUCAUAAUUGAAGAAAUACCUCUAUAAAUAAAUGAUAAAAUAUUACUUAAAUUUAAAUGUUUUGUGAUUUUAGCAUCUUUUAUUCAUUUAAGUUUUACUUUUUUUAUUUAUAAAACCAAUGUGUCUAAUAUUAUUAGUUAUAAAAAAUUAGGUCUACAUUUACAUUACCUUCAUUUAUCGCAUUAAUUUUUCCCAUAUGUUUUACAUGUGGUCCAUAGAUUAACUCCUAAUACUUUUGAGCUGCAAAGUAUUUUAUCUUAUCAGUGAAUACCAGUGUACUACUAUGAUAGUACUAUAAUUAGGCUGUGUAUAUUUUAUAUUAAAGGCUAUUUUGGAACUUGUAAUUUUGUUAGGCCUAUUAUUUGCAUAUAUUUCUCACAGAAUAAUGGCUAAACAAACCAUUAGUAGUAAUGGAGCAGCACUAUCAGAGGAAAAAGAUAUUUUUCUUGUUCAAGAAGAAACUAACUCUCAAGGAAAUAAAAGCAAGGAAAAGCCAACAAACAAAAGCUUAAAAACAAAAGACAGUUCCCUAUACAGAAAAAAGGUGUUUUUUUCACUAUGGUUGGCAGUUUCACUAUUUUCUUUGGUGAGUAAUCAUUUUUAAUAAAUCUUUUGAAAGUUUUUAUAAUUUUGAUCAGUAAGAUCAAAAUAAGACGAACUGGACAAAAAAAUAAUGUUUAAUGAUUUAACAUAUAUUUUAAUUUCAUAAUUUACCCAAGUCAAAAUUCUAAAUAGCUUCAAAAAAAUUUUCCAGCAAUAAAUAGAAAUGUUUUCCUGAGUUGUUAUUUAUAUUCGAUAAAAAAAACCUGAAAUAAAAAUUUCACAUUAAUUAAUUAACAUGUUUGAAUGUUUCAGGGUGUGACCGUAGGACAAAUGGGACCAACGUUUUUGGAUCUACAAAUCAUCACUAACACAAAUGUAGAAGAAGCAUCUGCAUUUUUUACUGGGGCAUCAAUCGGCUAUUUGACUGGUUCCAUGAUAAGUGGAGCAAUUUAUAAUAAAGUAAGUGGUAAAUUCUUUCCUUAUUUGUUUGACCACUCAAUUUUGUUUUGUUUUGAUAAAAUAGACAAUUAUUAAUCCCUCGUCAAGAUAGUUGGCUGCUAUUUGCUGACUUAGGUUGUUGAGAUUGACAUUUUACACUGAAUUUGCCAAGCUGACUUGGGUUUCUUAAAUGGGAUCCCAAGAUCUGGUAUAAUCUCAUAAUUUCAAGGCUAAACAAAAGACUUCAAGGGGAUUCUCCCAUUCCAGGAUUUCCUGGAUACAAACUAUAAGAGUACAAUUUUCUUGCUGUUUUAAAUUUACAGAUUGACACAAAUUGUCGUUAUAUGACAGGAUCAGUAAAACUAGUCUAUUAGGCUGUAUUAUUAAGCUCAGUAGCAGGGUUCUCGAAGGGAUAUCAAGCCACGAUUAAAUUUAUAUAGAAAAAAAAGUGACUCUUACCACACAAUUUAAAUUUAAACAACCCCUAAAAACAAAGUUUUUCGUAUACAUCCUUUAUAAGAUGUAAUAUCCAGAAAAGGGGGUGGGGGGCUAAAAAUUUGACAAAACAUGCAAUCAAGUAAUGCACAUUAUAAGAAUCCCACUUAGUGCUCUGCCCCACUCCGAAUGAGUUGUCAUUGGCAACAAGUCUAUAUGCCAAGUUUCAGCUUUAUAGGGUCAAUUAGCCGCCCAAAUACUUUGCCUUAGCCUUAGGGGUCGUCCAUUAAUUAUGUCAACAGUUUUUAAGCAAUUUUUAUCCCCACCCCCCCCCCCCNCCUCCCCUCAAAAAAAAAAAAGAAUUAUAUUAUAAAUAAAUUUAUAAAUACAUUUUACUUUGUGCUGAUCUAUUUUAAUGACACAAAAUUGUAGGAAAAACAUUUAAUUACAUCUUUAGCUUUUAAUCAACAAGUUAAAACGUUUUUACACUUAAAUUUUAUAAUGCAGAAUCAAUUGAAAGGUUGUUAAAGAUUAAAUAUCAUUUUUUGUGGUAUAGGUAUGAUUAUUGUCAGUAAAGCUGACAAUUUUGGCAUAGUUUCUAGCAUCUAUCAUCUUCCCAAAUUGUAACCAGGUUUGCUCUGUCGUAAAAUGGGCAUCAGGGACAUCACUUGGGUAGGUUCCCUUAUUUGCAGGUUUUAUUUAAAUUGCUAUGUACUGUGGCACCUCUUGUAAUAAACAACUUAACAAGCCGAUCAAGUUUUGUUUCCCUUGUUCCCCCCCUCCCCCCUGAAAAAACCAUCAAAAUGGCGCCCCUGAUGGGCCUAGUCUAUUGUAGCUGAUUUAUCUUUAUAAUAUUCGGUGCAAGCAAUAAUUGUCAUAAGCUCUCUCUUAUAUAAUCAUAAUCCUUGACGCUACUCGCAUUGGUCCUUUGUGAAUCCAUUGUUUUUUGUUGACGAGCAGAUGCUAAUUUCUUAUGCUCAAGAGGGGAUUCUCGGUGCUGUUGAACAUGCUUUUUCAUGACUUUUUAAAAGAAAAUUUUCAUAUUUGAGGGCCCACGAUUAAUGUAUUGAUCAUUUGGGCUCCUGCGUUAGCCUUCUCUUAGAUGAGUCCCAUCCACCUGGGGUGCUUGGGAUUUUGGCUUUGGCGGGGAUUGAACUCCAGACCACCACUAUUUUUGGAGUGAGUCGGUUUAUUAGACUACUCGGCCACCCAGCACCCUUGUGAUGCAAAAUAGAGGUUACAGAUUUUGCAAAUCCGUUCAAGCAGUGAUGUUCUUAUUGUUACUCACUUUACAUUCACCUAAUUUUCAAAAUAUGGUAUUCCUACUCUAUCAAUAUCAUUUAUCUUGAUUGAACAUGAAACUUGAACCUUGUCCUUGUUCCAUACCUGCAACAGAAUCUACUGGUGAAGAGAGGUCAACUUUUGACUUCUCUUGCACUAACAAAGUGUGCUAACAUUCUGACCAGCCAUCUGCAUUGCACAGACAGUCACACAUUUAAAUUAAAUAAAUCUCAUAUUUUUAAAAACCUAAAAAUUCUAUAACUGGUUACACUCAUUUACACUUAUAAUUUUUCUUUUAAAAUAAUGUAAUAACCAGUCAAUUUUUAAGAUUAAAAUUUUAAUAGAGAAAACAUGAUUGUUGACGUCAACUAAUCUAACCCCCCCUCCCCUUGUCAACAACUGUCAAACAUUUCCAACACCCCCCCCCCCAUUUUGUUGACGUAAUUAAUGGAUGCCCCCUCAUAGGCUAAAUGUGCACUUGAACCAAUUUGAAACUGUCUCACUGAAUGCUCUUUAGCAUGGACAGACAGAAAUCCACAAGGCUAAUGAUGACGCACACUUCCAGGUAUGCUUUGGUUAUGAACAUUACUGAAAACAAUCGAACCGUGGCGCGUCAUUUGGUCAGAAAAAACAGAAGAAAAAUGUUUCUCUUGAUUAAUCCAAACGUUUAAUCCUGAAAUAUCAAUUCAUCAGGUAGCACAUAUUGAAUUACGUUUUUUUUUAAAUGGAGGAAUCAUAAAACAAAUCAACUUGUGUAGCAAAUGUACCGGUACAAUUCGUAGAAUGGGAUACGCCACUGUACUUUUAUUAUGAUCAAACUUUUGUCACCCUUAGUUACAGGUCCAAUAUUUCAAAUUUCUUUUAAUCCUAAUUAAACAAAUAUGUCCGGUUGUUUUUUAUCCGUGGGUUGCCACAGGUUGGCAAUUGGAAUGUUUCUUUUGGUGGUUGGAGGUGGGGGUUGACAUUUAGUUUAGCCUCUGAAAAAGUUAACAGGCCUAUGUUAGGGUGGACAGUAGUUAGUUCACGUCAUUAAUUGCAGUGCAAACAUAUCAUUUGGUGGCUGUCCGCGUCCUCACUUUCUGCCCGCCUAAAUAAUCCCGUUGACACUUUUAAGAUACACUCACUUGAUGUUUGUAAAUGAGAUGAUUUACUUGAACUGAUGAAUAUAUAAUUGUCCUUUAAUUUUGUUUAUAUUGUUGGGCUAAUAGAUUCAUGGGAUUAAACGGAGCCAAAUGCAUACCCUCAACUCAACUGAAUUUAGUUAAUGUCGGUGAAGGGGUGGAGUUUAUAGCUCAUCCUGGUUGCUGCUGUGCCCAUGGGCGUAGCUAGGGUAGGUGCCAUACUCGGGGCAAACUCUGGUUUCUUAUUGACUUAUCCUACAGUGUAACAAAUGGAAGCCCACUAAACUGCAGUAUGACCUGCUUGUGUGGACAUUCAUCGCCUUACAUCACACUGAUUAAAUAGACUAAUCAAGAAAACUCGUCAUCUCACACAAACUAAACAUCCUACACUUGAAGAGCUGUUUGAAGAAAAAUACAGUUGCAAAACCAUUUUUAAAAAAUGUGUAUGUUACUUCCCACCCUUUUAAUCAGAGUCUUAGGUAUCUGUACCUAAGAUCAGCUCGAUAAGAGCGAAUUCUCUUCGGACUCCCUUCAAACUUCAAGUUCAAGUAAGGACCAAACAAAAAUAAAAGUUUACCGCCGUCCCCCCCCCCCCCCCCCCACCUCAAAUUAUCAAAUCUCAAUGAUCAUUUACUAACUAAUUAUUGUCACUAAGGUACAGGUAGUUAUUAUUAUUUUGGGAGGUAUAUGGAGUAUAUGAAUUAUGAUGGCAGUUUUUUACGCUAGAGAUAAUACUUCAGAUGUGUUGUGUUUAAAUAGUUCUGAUUGUAAAAUGUUGUCUUGAUCAAAAUUUGUAUUAAUUUUUCUGCUGAUAACGAAUAUGUACAUUGUAAUCAAAAAGUGUUUACAUUUAUUUGGCUCAAUAAAAGAAUCUUAUUAUCUAUAUUAUCAACAUCAGCGAAACGACCGGGUCAGAAACGGCAUCAGUGAAAUGGCGGUGGUGAAUCAUCAUAGAUCCCAUGUCGGACAGCAUCAGCGAAAUGGUGGUGGUGAAUCAUCAUAGAUCCCAUGUUGGACGGCAUCAGUGAAAUGGCGGUCCCAAAUUAAAAGUUUAAUACUUUUCCUUUGAAAGUGUCUGGCUAAUAGCCGCCGAUUAAUUGGUGACGGUUGGAAUACAAGGCUGCUUGCUUUCCCCCCCCCCCUUCCCCCCCCCCCCCCACCCACCCAGUUCAACAUCUUCUUGGAGAGAAUUAUGUCAGACGCUCUGGAAGCAUAUAUAGGGACAGUCAGCAUUGGUGGCAGAACAAUUACCCUCCUACGUUUUUCAGAUGACAUAGAUGGACUGGCUGGAAAUGAAGAAGAGCUAGCCAACCUAGUAAAGCGUCUUGACAAGACUUCAUCGUCCUUUGGCAUGCAAAUCAGUGCAGAAAAAAUAAAAUUGAUGACGAAUAACACCACCGGCAUCUCCACUGAAAUUAAGGUCGGGGGGAGAGAAAGAUUAGAGACAGUAGGCAGCUUCAAGUACCUCGGAAGAAGGCUCCAAGCCCAAAUUGAUGUCCAGGAUUGCCCAGACCACAACAGCACUAAAGAGGCGUAAGAAAAUAUGGAAUGACAAAAAUACAUAAGUCUCAGCACCAAAAUCAGGCUGAUGCGCUCAUUAGUCCUCUCCAUUUUCUUGUAUACCUGUAAGUCCUGGGGACAUUAACAGCAGAACUUGAAAGAAAAAUAAAGGCGAUGGAGAUGAGAUGUUUCAGAAGCAUUCUUGAAAUCUGCUAUAGAGACUAGAGUCUGAAUGAAUUUGGGCUUCGGUUUCGGCGCCUAAAGUGGCAAUUUGAUCACUUUCUGUCUAAUUUCGGUUUCCGCCAAAACCAAAAAGUUCAAUUUCGGCUUUGGCCGAAACUGAAAUGUUAACUUUCGGUUUUGGCCGAAAGUGAUUGGGACUUUCGGCCAUCUAUGUCUGUCUGUCUUUAGGCUGGCAUCUGAUAGUCAUUAUUGCUAGACGUCUUGCUGUCAUCGUAUGUUAUAUGACUAAUACUCUACGAAAACUGUUCACAGCUGCAUGAUGACCUACUUACUUGUCCUUUAUUUCCAAACAAUUAAAUUUUAAUUAGGCCUAGGCAAAUUUAAACAGUUUUGUGGAAGAAAAACUAGUGGAAUGGUAAUAUUUUAUAUCAUUAUUUUUGUUUUAAUUUCUUCAAAAAUAAAAUUUGGAACCCAAGGUUUAUACAAUUCCUUCAUUUCUGAUAUUCAUUUUGAUUUAUCAUUAUUAUGCUCAUCAAUUUUUUCAUAGGCAAAGGUGAAUAAUAUGGCAUAAUCCUAGGGGCCCCUAAAUAAUUUUUUUCCUAUAUGAGCUAUUAUAUAAUUUCAAAUAGAGCUAAUGCAUGGGUGGAUCAAUUACUACAAGUGUGUGGACUAAAUUUUGAAAAUCCACACUUCUCAUAUGGACAGCUGUAUGUGGCCUGCUCACGCUUCGAAAACCUUCUAAUUUAUUCGUGUACACACCAAACGAAAAAAAAAUAUUGUCUAUUUUAAUAUUACUUCAAAAAACAUAAUUAAACCACAAGCAAUUUCUUUCUUUGAGUGGCCUUGCAACUUAUGCCAGAUUUUUCGCUAGUAUAAAAUAAACAAUACCAUGGCCGGCAGACCGCAAGCGCCGGUUCAUAUUUCAAAUACUUUUUUUGUCAGGAAACAUUCUACAAACUGUCUUUUUCUUCUACUUCUAUUUUUUAAUUUUAUAUACGGUAGAUAUAUUUCAGGAGUUGAUGAUGAUGAAGAGGCCUGAUGAAUAUCGCGACCUUAAAAAAAAAAAAUUAAUACCUUUAAAUUUAAGUCACCAAUACCGGCGGCUUUAGGGCACUGCAAUGGUCUGAAAAAGCAGGGGUUUUUGCCCUUUUAGCUGGACACUUCUUAAUGAAUAGUAUUAUAGUUUUAAUUUUGGACCGCCGUUCCUAUGUUCAUUAUAACGAAUACAAAUGAAAUAAAUAUACAAUUAUUUGAUUGCUUUAAUUUAUAUAUGUACAUUUAUAUUAGUUAAUAAUAUUUUUGUAUGUAUUCUUUUCAAGAUGAUCUUAUUGUUUUAUUUAUUAGGUAAACAAGCCAUUCCUUGAAUUCACUUCACUACUUUUAUUGGGAGUAUUCACAACAGCUACUCCUCACUGCAGCAGUUAUCCAUUAAUGAUCGUUAUACGAACGGCUGUUGGAAUUUGUUGCGGCUGUGUAGACACCAGUAAGUUUCUUGAAAAUCAUAAACCCAAUAUUUUUUUAAUUCUAUUGUUUUAUGUAAAAUGUCUAGAUUUUGAGAAUUAAGUGCCAUUAAUCAAUGACCUAUAUUAAAAGUACCAGUACCUGUAAUUUAAUGUUAUUUGUUCUUUCCAGGCUUUCAAAUUUCUCAUAAAAAGUUCAAAAUGCCACUUAGCAAUUCUUAUUACUGUUGCUAAAAAUUAUGUUCAUGGUUUAGUUUUUAAUCAUGUAUGUACUAAACAAAAUGUAGCCAUUGGUGGCAUCCCAAAUUUCCAGGACCUAGUUCUAAAAAAAAAGUAAUAUGAAGAAACUAGGGGUUUGACCUUGAAUUAAAUUAUUUUCAUACAAUUCAAGUAAUGGUUUUCCAAAAUUUUGUAAUUUUAAUGAUAAUCGCAAACACAAAAAUAGUCUGCAUAAUUAUGUUUAUAUUAAUAAUACAAUUGUCAUUAGUUAGUGCAGUGGUGUAAAGUGGCUGUACAGUAUUAUAAUAUUUUACCUACAAUCUUAAAAUAGCAGACUGACUGAUGAUAUUACCCUAUUAAUUUUUCAGCCAGUAAUGCAGAGCAUAUGAGGAUCUGGGGAAAUGAAGGUCAAGUCUUAAUGCAGCUACUUCAUUUUGCAUUUGCACUAGGAGGAGUUAUUUCCCCUUUGUAUUCAGAGCCAUUCCUUGCUGAGAAGAGUCUUGAAAAUGACACAACUACUGCAAUUCUAAAUGAGACUCUAAGUUUAAAUUACACAAAUAUGUCAAAUAUUUCAGAAAAUACACUUCCUCAAACUACUAAUGUGCACUGGGCUUUCCUAAUCACAGGAAUAUGGACACUUCUGUCUUCAAUACCAUUUCUUGUAUUCUGGAUUCAAGGUGCCAUUAACAAAAAGAAAAAUGAAUCAAAAAAAGAAAAUAAAAAAAUAACCCAGAGAGACUUACCUAAGCCAGUUUUGAUUUUAGUUUUACUGACAUUGUGUUUUAUGUAUGUCUUGUAUUGUUGUGUUGAGGACACUUUUGCAUCUUUUCUCAUGACAUUUUUGGUAAAGGAGUAUGACUAUGUAACAAAGUCAAAAGGGGCCCAUAUUACAGCUCUUUAUUGGGCUUCGUUUGCAACAUCCCGAUUCUUAAGUAUAUUCAUUUCCAAUUUUAUUACCGCUGUUCACUUACUCUUUAUAUGUUGCACUCUUAUGCUAAUAUCUUUUUUGGGUUUCUUUUUAAGUGCAAUCUUUGCUGUUUCAAAUCCUGCUGUCAUCGAUGGCCUAAUAUUUUUCUCUGUCAUGGCUGGAUUAAGCAUGUCAGCUGUAUUUCCCUCUGGCUUUUCAUGGACGGAGGCUGAAUUGCUGAAAGUGACUGGGUGUGUUUCAUCAUGUAUUCUUGUUUCUGCAUCAAUAGGCACAAUGGUAAAUCCGUUGAUGUUGGGCUAUCUUAUGACAGAGUUUAGUAACAUAUGGUUCUGUUACCUCCUGCUUGGUGAAACUAUUGCCUUGUGCUGCGUAUUUCUUUUUCUCUGGUCUUUAAAUCGAUUUAUUCUAAACAAUCGAUAUGGUUCUUUAAAUGCCCAAAGAUCGCUUUCCUUUUCUGUAGAAGUAAAUGAACCGGAGCAACCAUUAGCUGCAGUUGAAAUUUACAGAAAAAAUGUCAGCAACUCUAGUUUGUGAUAACUUACUUGUGAAGUCUACUUAUUUUAUGCAUGGUGAUACUAAAUACAUGUGGUUUCCUGUGAAAGGACACACAGUACUGGUAUGUGAUGCUGAAUACAUGUGGUGCCUGUGAAAGGAAACACACUACUGGUAUGUGAAAAAUUACCUGUAAAUAUUGAAAUUUGUUGUUGUUAUUUAAAAGAAAUAAAUUUAAACCUGGUGACAACUAUUUAGAAAUAACAUUUAAUUCAUUCAAAUUAUUGUGAGGAUCUCUUAUCUUUUAAUGUAUCACUGUAUUUUAAAAAAUAAAUUAUUGUUUUUACCAUCUUGUUAGUGUAGUUCUGCAAUCCAUUUCUUACGCUAUGCUUGGUCGGUGAAAUAUUAAGAAGGGUUAUGACAUGUUUUUUGCCAUCCGAGAUCAGUUAUUUGUAGUGAUAUAAUCAUGUAACAAGUAGAAAUAUGAUGAGUGGGAAUAUAAAUUAAUGAGAAAUUUAGUAGUAUUCAUAAUAGUACCUACUUCUUUUUCAGUAAUGUAACUUUCCUCAAUUCAUAAAUUGCAAUAACUCAUUUUCCAAUUGAUGAUCAACCUUAUAUUUUUUAUUAAAUGUAAACACACAAAAGUAAUGCAAUUAAAUUAAUAAAAAAAAGAUUUAAUAUAUACUACUACCUUUAGUGGUAGAAGAUAAUCACUGAAACAUCAUUUUACUUCACUGACCAACAAAUCAAUUUGGUGCCUCAAGGUCAAAUGUCAGACUUGUAUCUCUGUGGUAUAUUUGUGCAUAGUCCAAAAAUUACAAGUUUUUAAAAAAAAAAGCUCCAGGUUUAAAAUAAAAAAUAAAUGACAUAGCAUUAAUAAAUUCACCUUAAGAACUGGUCUAAAACUAAAACAGGAGAAAAUAUUUGUUUGACCUGGGUUAUGUUGGACUUGGAGUGAAAUAAUCAUUUUUAAAUUUUAAUAAAAUGAAUCCUAAUUAUAAUUUUAUUAAUUUACUCAAACUUACAGUACAAACUUCAUUUUUAAACAUAAUGCAACUCUUCAAGAUCUACUUACUAACACCUUUAGGUGUAAUUUUCCUUCUAAAUAUGUGUUUGAGAUUAAUCUCAAUAAAGCAAUUUACAGGUAAUUUAAAUUGCACAUUACUUUUGAACUUUUCAGCAGGGGCAUUUAUCAGCAUUAUUUUGUGAAAUUACAAUUAUUUGGUUUUAUGCCUUAAUUUUGUCUCAUUAUAAUAUGAUAAUGGAAUAGUUUGUUUUUUAAACUUGACACCAUUUUUAUUUUUAUAAUAAUUAAUGUGGAGUUUUAUAUUUAUUAUAAUUUAUAGCGUUUUGUCAUUAGAAAGACCUCCCUUAUAUAAUAAUAAUAAACUUACACAAAAAUGACAUGUUAACAAAAUCUAUAUAUGGUAAGAUAUAAUGUAUGCAUGAAAAUGUGCUUUUUCCACUUUAAACUGGUAUUGAACAACAAAUCAUAUUUUAAAAGGGUUGUCACAUUUUACUUUAGCUUAAUUGGUAUUUAACUAUUUAUUUUAAUUUUAGUAUAUUUCACAAGGAAAGCAAACAAUCUAAACUACGUAAUUAAAUUCCUUAAAUUAAAAGUGAAGUUAAAUUCUUCAAUUUAUCAUUUAAAUUUCUAGGAUCCUUCAUACUUCAUAACAUGCCGGUAGCUUUAAAAUGUCCUCAACAGCUUGAAAAUUACAUUUUUUAGUUAAGUCAAUAAAAGGCAAGUAAAUAAUUAAACACAUGUCUUCAUGCAACCUCUAUUUUUUAUUUAUUAUUUUAACAGGUAUGAGUGGAAGUCUCAAUCUUCACUAUUUAUUAGAGAAAAGCAUUAACGGAAAUAAGUAUUAAAUUAAAAUGCGAUAAGGUCUUUAUUUUGCAUAUUCUUUAGAGAAGAGCAAUAAUAUUAGAAUGCAAUAAGAUCUUUAUUUUGUUUAUUUAUGUUCAUAUUUCCAAACAGGAUUGCUCACUAAUAGUCAUAUUUAAUUUUUUUUUUUUAUAAAUACUUAAACUUAAAUUUAAAGAAACAAACAACACAAACAAAACAUGUCAAUAAAUAUCUAAUACUCAGUAGUCAAAAGUGACUCAUCUACACAAACCAACUUUCAUAGCAAGUUCAACAGUCACCAAAACUUCAUAAAUAUAUAUCUCUAUAUAAAAAAAUUAGUUUGUCCAGAUAUCCUGUAGUAAUACAUAGUAAACUGCCAUCUAGUGGAAUACUUUAUUUAGUAGCUUCUUCUAAGUAUGCUAUAAGGUCAUUACGCUCAUAUUUCUUCUUUAAGCCUGCAAACACCAUCUUGGUUCCAGGACCAGGUAGGCUAUGUUCUUUUUAGGAUUUUUAAGGUACUCAACAAAUAGGG